AUGAGGUGGACGAGAUCACAGAGCUUGAGAAGGAGUCCAAGAAUGAUGGAAUUAGGUUUUCAAUCAAAGUUUACUAAUACAGCUGUGAAUGAUAUCGAUCUUGAUGAUGUCGACGUCUUGUACAUUGAAUCAGGUUCAUCAAGUGUCCGUGUACUUGAAGGAAACAAUGUUAUGAUGAAUGUAGGUAAUGAAGGGAUAGCUGGUGGGGGACGAAAGCUAGAAUUACCAAAAAAUACUAAUAACGGAAAAUCAAAGAAGAAUGACAGCAGUGAUGAUGAUUUUGUUGAGAGGAAAAAGAAGAUGAAUUAUGGAAAGAAUGAGAACAAAAUGAAAAGGAAAAGGGUUGAAAAGAUAGUUAGGGAUAAAAAGGUUGAGCUGAAAGGGAAAAAGGUAAUUAGAUCUCAGGAUAAAUGUAAAGAAAGGAAGGUAGGAACAGAAUUUCAAAGGUUGAGUACUCGUAUGUCUCCAAACUCAUUGUAUCUAGCAAUUAAAAGUUUGUCAAAAAAUCAGCGAGAAAUGGUAUGCAAGAUGGGUUUUGGAUCUUUUCUGGGAAUGAAGAUUGAUACACUACCCGGAAAGCUAGCAUAUUUUGUUGUAGAUAGCUUCACAACUAGUUCUUGCUCCAUAAGGGUUAAAAGUGGUGAAGUGCCCAUAACAAACGAGACAGUUGAAGCUGUGUUUGGACUUCCGAAUAAGGGUUUGGAUUUUAAGACACUGGGUGAAUGUGAUAAGAAUGAUCCAUUGCUUGAGGCUUGGAAAGCACAAUAUAUUGGAAGGGAAAUUAUUAUAAUGGGAACUAUUUGA